AUGGCUCCCUCGGCCACUGAGACCGUGAUCGUCCCCGUCCCGGAGGUUUCCGCCCUGAAGCUCCAGGUGCUCAAGGGCCAGUACAAGGAAGCCCCGACCACGUUUGAUAAAGACGCGGAGACGGGGAAAAAGGGCUUCGAGGCAGCCAAGUACCCUCAUUACCUGCCAACCUGGAAUCGCGAGCAGUAUUAUCAACCACUCCAGCCAUUCGAGCAUGUCGAGCACGGCAAAGAUGCCGACCCGUCAUUCCCGAACCUGCUCCCUGAGGGCUCCACUGUAACGCACCUUACGCCGACCAUUGGCACCGAGGUCAAGGGCACUCAGCUCACCUCGCUCAACUCGGCCGGCAAGGACGAGCUUGCGCGUCUGGUAGCCGAGCGCAAAGUCGUCGCUUUCCGAAACCAGGACUUUGCGGACCUGCCUAUCGAGAAGGCUCUCGAGUUUGGCGGUUACUUUGGCCGACACCACAUCCAUCCAACAUCGGGGUCCCCAGAAGGGCACCCAGAGAUCCACCUCGUGCAUCGCGGUGCUGGGGACAACACGAUCGACCAGUAUUUCGCGAACCGAAUCAGCUCGGUCGCGUGGCACUCGGACGUGUCAUACGAACAGCAGCCCCCGGGAACGACCUUCCUAUACAUCCUCGACAAGCCUGAGACUGGAGGCGACACCCUGUUCGUCGAUGCGGCCGAGGCGUACCAGCGGCUUAGCCCCCUGUUCCAGGAGCGUCUGCAUGGGCUCCAGGCGACGCAUUCGGGCAUCGAGCAGGUCAACGCUUCGGCAGCCCGAGGCGGCAUCAAGAGACGCGAACCCGUAGUAAACACCCAUCCCAUCGUGAGGACGCACCCAACCACGGGCGAGAAGGCACUCUAUGUCAACCCACAGUUCACCCGCGAUAUCGUUGGCCUGAAGAAGGAGGAGUCGGAUGCAAUCCUCAAGUUCCUAUACGACCACCUAGCCUAUGGCGCCGACUUCCAGACACGUGUGAAGUGGGAAGAAGGAACUGUUGUUGUGUGGGACAACCGCGUCACGCAGCACUCGGCGCUCAUUGACUGGAAGGAUGGUCAGCGACGGCACUUGGCGAGGAUCACUCCCCAGGCAGAGCGGCCAUUUGAGACGCCUUUCAAGACCUAA